AUGUUUAAAUCAUUUUCAACAGUAACCAUCGCUCGAAGAUGCAUUUCAGCUCGUCAAUUGGUUUAUGAAGGAUACGGGAAUCCGCCAGAAGUAAGAGUUUUCAUAGGUAGACAUAAAUUCCAAUAGUUUUUCAGGCAAUUCAAUUGAAAACUAUCGAAAUUCCUGAUAAAUUGAAUUCAGAACAAGUGUUGGUGAAAUGGAUUGCAGCACCAAUUAAUCCAGCUGAUCUGAAUCAAAUACAAGGUGUAUAUCCUGUAAAACCAAAAUUGCCAGCCGUUGGUGGAAAUGAGGGUUUUGGAAGAGUCGAACAAAUAGGAUCAGGUGUGAAAGGAUUGAAAGUUGGCGAUUUUGUGAUUCCAAAUAAAUCAGGAUUGGGAACAUGGAGAGAACUUGGAGUUCAUGGAGAAAAUGAUGUUUUUCCUAUCGACAACGAGCUUCCUCUCGAAUAUGCUGCCGUUUUUCAAGUAAUUAUUUUUCUCUUAGUUUUUCUCUUUUUACACUAUGUUUUUGAAGGUAAAUCCUCCAACUGCUUAUCGUAUGCUCAAAGAUUUCAUUGAUCUCAAACCUGGCGACACAGUUAUUCAAAAUGGUGCAAACUCAGCAGUUGGUAAACAAGUUAUUCAAAUUUGUAGAAUAUUAGGAGUGAAAACUGUGAAUGUUGUGAGAAAUCGUGAAAAUUUGAGUGAUUUGGUUGCUGAACUCACAAAACUUGGUGCCACCGAUGUCAUAACAGAAGAAGAUCUUUAUGGGUUAGUGAAAUUUCGAAAAUUGAAAAUGGUAAAAUUUUAAGAAUUUUAGAAGAAAGAAAAAGUUCAAAGGAGUAAAAUUGGCGUUGAAUUGUGUUGGUGGUAGAAGUAGUUUAUUCUUGGCCAGUGUUCUUGAUCAUGGAGGAAGUAUGGUAACAUAUGGAGGAAUGAGUAAACAACCAGUUCAAUCACCAACUGGGCCACUUAUUUUCAAAGAUAUUUCAUUGAGAGGAUUUUGGAUGUCCAGAUGGUAUGAUAUUCAAAAAACACCACAGGUAUUUUUUUUCUGAAAACUAAAUUAAAAUAAUAAAUCUGGUUAAAUUCUAGAAACGAUUGGAAAUGUAUUCUGAUCUUGCAAAAUGGAUGAAAUCUGGUGAAAUGGCCAAACAAGAUUUUGUUGAAAAAUCGAUUAAUCAACAUUCGGCUGCUUUGGAUGAAGCACAAACGAAAUUCGACAAAAAACAACUAUUCGUUUUAGGAUAA